AUAGGCCAACAUAAGCGUCUUUUCCUUCACUUCGCAACGACCGUCCAUCGAAGAUGAAUCGAAACGGUAUGUUCCUCUUCGUCUUCUUUCUCUUCGCUCUGUCCAUCGUCUACGCGGAAUUAGUACCUUGGAGGCAGUGUCCUUAUCCUGAUCCCAAUACCCAGACAAAUUGUACUAUUCAUGAAGUAUAUAUAGAGCCUUGCAAAGAAAUCGCAGAGGGAAAGCCAUGUAAAAUAAAAAGAGGAGUUAUUGGAAACAUGACAUUCCAUUAUACGCCUGCCUUCUCCUCGGAUAAAGUACAAGGACGAAUAUUUUGGGCAAGUCAGGUAAUGGAUAUUCCAUUUUUGGGAAUGAAUCCCGAUGCUUGCUUGUCAACUUCCUGUCCAAUUGAAGCAGGAUUAAGAAAUACAUAUCACGUGGAAAUACCAAUUUUAAAGAAAUAUCCUGUUCGAACUUAUGAUCUUAAAUGGAAAAUUUGGAACGAUGAAGAGCAAGAAUGUUGUUUUAUGUUCCAAAUUAAAAUAACAAAAUGAUAUCAAGUAUAUAUGAUUCAUCGUACCAUCACGCUCAAUCAAUUAAUAUUUCCGAUUCGUUAAUUUAAUAAAAUAAAUGGAUAAUUAUCGACAAAA